AUGGGAGUCGCCGCCAUGGAUCAGGGGCUCUUCGCUCGCCUACAGGUCGCGCACCUACCCUUCGAGCGGAAUUGGCAGCACCUGGCGACGGAACCGGACCUCUUCUUCCUGGAGGUCGGUGCGAACAACUUCGAGCUGGAGCGGCGGGAUCUGGAUCUGCUCCUAAGCGACAGGGCCGGAGGCUUUCUCAUCAGCUUCGAGCCGCUCUUGGAUAAGUAUGGCCACCUCCUGUCCUUCCGCCGGGAUCAAUACUUCGUGAACCUCGGGCUACAGCAUCCCAGGGCUCUGGCCUUGCCAUACGCGGUGGACGCGUGCCCGAUGGGCCAAGCCGUCUUCCACGUGACUCCAGUGGAUGGCUGCAGCAGCCUCUUGCCGCCCGCGGAGCAGUUCCAAAGCCGUAACCAAGAAUCUCUUGAGUCAGGGAGAGGGACGUCUUGGCCCAAGUGGGUCGAGCAAGAGUGUUCUGUGCUGAAAGAGCGCCGGGUGGUGCCUUGCGUUUCCCUACGCACCGUCCUUCGGGACUGGUUACAGGGCCGCCCAGUGGCACGAGUGAAGGUGGAUGCGCAGGGCAUGGAUCUGCGAGUGGUGAGGUCUGCAGGCGACUUCGUGACCCAACUGCUCUUCGUUAAGCUGGAGGUGCAAAGUCUCCGCGCAGCGCCGCUGUAUGAGGGCCAGGUCUUCUGUCCUGAAGUUCUGUCAUCGAUGAAGUCUCUAGGAUUCGUGCUUGCGGACACAAGCCGACGAGAAAGUACAUCGUGCAACUCAAGCGGCGCCGAGAGGGAUCUUGAUUUCAUUCGGAAAGAACUUCGCCCUUCCUGGCGGAUGUUUUACAAGGAGUAUUUCUUCUGUGAGCAUUAUGCGGCAGCCGGGGAGUGUGGGGGACCUUACUGCAUCAGCCCCUUCUUUGGUGUCGUGGUGAAUCGGAGCGGAGCUUGCUCCGAGCAGGUCAUGGACCGUAUCGAUUUUGGUCCAGACGCGACUGGCAUGGUCAUGCUGCGCAUGUCAGACGAGUGCAGGGGCAGGGUGGAUGCCCAAGGGCUGCCUGAUGCGUCAUCCCACUCGCCAUCGCUUAGGAUCGCGGUUCAUCAGGGCUCGGUUUCCGGACGCCGACUGUGCCCGGUGCAGACAGAACUGAGGGCCGGCAUUAGUUUGUCAUUCGAGGAUUCGAAUCAAAGCAACACGACCUGGCCCAAGAUGCAUGUCAUGCGCUUCCGCAUUGGGCGCGGGGACGAGCGAGACUUUAUUGAGAUGGCAGUCCUUCUGCCGGGGAUCCUGAACUUGAGGGGGCCCGGAGGAAGGCGAGAUAUCGAAAAGCUCACACAGGUUGCGUACGCCAGCAGCACCCCUGUUGCUUUGUGGCCGGAUUCCUGUAAGGUCUUGGAGGCCUCUGCGCAGUCUGUAUCAGAAUUCUAUGAGCUCGCCGGCCCUCACAGGAAUCUGUGUUCCCUCACGAGGCGGGGUUGA